AUGGCUGAUAUAUUCAAUCAAAUUUUCAACUGCAUCAAGGGCGACUACAGCAACUACACGAAAGACACAGUUCGCAAGGCCAGCGAAUUCUUAGGAAUAGCAGAAAAUCAACCAAUCAACAUUCCUCGAAUGAGGAUAGCGAUGGCAAAACUGCAUCGUUUGAAGGAGCACGGGCAAGAGGAUGUUGUCCGCCUUAUUCGCGUCAUUGCCAUUAUAAUGGGAUAUCAGGUUGACAUACCACAUCCACCAGAACCACCAGCACGAAACGAACACGUAGGUGGAUGGUUUGGCCGUGAUAUCUGUGAAAUAGAUAAUGAAAAUUUGACACAAUUUGUUGGACAAGAUGGGAGAACCGUUGACCUCAAAGAAAUCCACAAUAGCUUGAGACGAACAAAACCAAAGACUCCAGAAGAAUUUUUCGCAAACUUUAUGACAAUGCUUCUUGUGCAGAAUCAAAUUUCGAAGAAUAGCCAAAGAGAUACAAGCAAGAAGAGAUGGGGAUCACAAAGACUUCUUUAG